GCGUCAACAGAUCAGACAUGGCGUACUCUGACAUCGCUGUUCUGCUCGCUGUCACGUUGGCCACACUGGCGAUCACGCUGGCCUACCCUACCAAGGAUGACGAUGCUUACUACAACAGACUUCAUGAGAUCCAGGAUUCCUAUGGAAAAGACGUUCGCAACCUGGAUGGGAUUGAUGCGAGAGAUGAAGUGAGGCCACUCUUUGGCUUCUUGAGUAAGACUCAAGACAACGAGAACCAGCAGACAGGAGGUGGAAAUCUACUCAGGGACUUGGAUAUGCUCCGAAGUCGAGCGGCUUACCUCAGUCGCGACCAGAGACCUCAAGCUUACUUGGAGCCUGUGCUGGGGAACAAGAGGAGCGGCUGCUGCGAUAGUCUGAGCGGCAUCGGAAUCGGCAACCAGAAGCGGAACAUGGACGAGAUAGACAGGAGCAGCUUCAACAGCUUCAUCAAGAAGAACUUUGACGAAAUAGAUCGAUCCGGUUUUGGAAGCUUCGUGAAGCGGAAUUUUGACGAAAUCGACAGGUCAGGGUUCGGCAGUUUUGUGAAGAGAAACGCUGCCCCCGCCGCCCCCGCUGAGCCGGCACACAACUAACCACCCUCAACCCCACCCCCACAAUAGUUAGACAUAAGUAUCAGUCCGUCUGCAUUCUCUGAAUGUUCCCCUGUACAUGACUCGCGAGUGCAAGUCUUUCAGACGAGAUUAAGGAACUGCGGGUAACUUCGGCAUGUUUUGUUAAUUUAGUCAUAGUGUACAUUCCAAAGAAUUAGAGUUAGUAAAUGGGUUUAUAAGUAUAGUUUUUACUACGUAGAUAUUCGUUGCUUUUAUCAAACGCUCUCUUUUCUCGGAAUUCUGAAGUUUAAACAUCUGGUAAAACAGUUACUCUUAAGCAAACUUUAUGAAUGUUUGUAUUUUAAUAUCAAUAGUUUACUUUAUACAUGUUUAAUUUCAUAAAUGUGCUGGUAAAAGACCAAAUGCAUUACAUAUUCCCCUCAACGUGAGUUUCUUUACCUUGAACGUCCUCUUGAACAUCCUUUUUAAUGUAAUGUUAUAAUUUGUAAAAGGUAUUUAUUUAGAAAUAAACGUUAAUAUUUUUGCUUUGAA